CAAAGGGUAUUUGCCCUUUUCGCUCAAGUAAAAUUACAACCGAAGUAGCUCAGGUACGAAUCUCGAAUCAGCCAUCGGAUCGCUUGAGUUGGGCCGUUCAGCAGUUCCACUUUCACUCUCCCCCCUUUUUCUCAGAGGGCGCUCACCGUCACCUCCGUUUCACCUGUCCUCAGUAGCAAAAUGGCAAUAUCUCUAGCUCGGUUCUCCAGAAAAGCCCUUGCCUCAGCCCUCUCAGCCCCGAGCCAUGUCGUCUCCCGGAGUUUCGCCACCGAAUCAGCCAAAAACUUCAGGCCUUCGCCGGAUCGAGUCAAGUGGGACUACAGGGGCCAGAGGAAGAUAAUUCCGCUGGGUCCUUGGGUCCCCAAGAUUGCCGUUGACGCCUAUGUCGCGCCCAACGUGGUUCUUGCCGGUCAGGUCACCAUUAGCGAUGGGGCAUCCGUGUGGAAUGGUGCUGUCCUACGUGGUGAUCUCAACAAGAUCACCAUUGGUUUCUGCUCUAAUGUACAGGAGCGCUGCGUCAUUCACGCCGCAUCGUCUUCUCCUACUGGAUUGCCAGCUGAGACAUCAGUUGAGAGAUUUGUGACAGUUGGUGGAUACUGCCUCCUGAGGUCCUCUACAAUUGAACCAGAGUGCAUUAUUGGCCAGCACUCUAUUUUAAUGGAAGGUUCAUUGGUGGAGACUCACUCUAUCCUUGAAGCUGGUUCUGUGGUUCCCCCAGGUAGGAGAAUUCCAACUGGCGAGCUUUGGGCAGGUAAUCCUGCAAGGUUUGUUCGGACUCUAACCCACGAAGAAACCUUAGAAAUCCCUAAACUUGCAGUGGCAAUCAAUGACCUAAGCAAAGAACAUUUCUCAGAAUUCCUUCCUUACUCCACAGCAUAUUUGGAAGUAGAGAAAUUCAAGAAGUCUCUGGGUAUCACCAUCUGAUUCUUUGUUGCUUUUUCGCAUGUAGUCGCAUAACUACAGUUUUCCUUUCAAGGAUAUAAGCACAGCCCAAGAACAUAUAGAACUAAGCUUUGAAGUCCUUUCAUCUCCGUGCAUCGGCUGUGCUGGCUGUUGAAAGUAGUUCUGACUUCUGCAUUCCAAUGGAAUGGAUUAUAGUUACGACUGAACUUACUUGUCAAAUAACUUCAAUUUUUUGCUGUAUUUGGCUAUUUGCUCCCCUUUUCUUGCAGUUGUUGGGUAUUGGAACAGGAAAGGAAAAACAUGUUUCCUUGGUUUUGAAGAUAUAACGUCUAAAUUUAGUCCCUCUACGCCAAGUAUUGGCGUGGGGGAUUAUAUAUAUGUAUAUAUAUAUAUAGAGAGAGAGAGAGAGAGAGAUUUCUUACAUAAAAGUUUCAUAUAUUA